GACUACAGUACUGAUAUCCCCUGCUGUGAUUGUCUCUAAUUAUGGUCAACUGAGCCAGGAAGUGGGGUGUAAAAUGAGGAAGAGGAAGUUGUAUUGCUACUAAGGGAUUCUUUGUACUUGCAGCUUGCAAUACCAAGUGACAUCAACUUCAUUCUGAAAUUCAGCUCUUUUAAGCUUUUGUAACACAUCUUUCAGCUUGGAUUAGAAUCACUUUUGGUCUUGGUGUUGAAUUUCAAGCAUUAAAGAACCCCAUCCUUACUUGUUACAGUCAAUUUACAGCAGGUAUUACCUCACUUCUAUUUUUUUAUCAUUUAUUAUACUACAUAAGUCAAUUAAAUUAUCAUACUAAGAAAUAUUUUGGCAAGGUUCAGCCCACAGUAUGAUUGCUUGUCAUUUAGCAACAUCAGCACAAAUCCUGUCGAAUCAGUAUCAGCUGAGGUAUUCUCCUUUGAAAUCAGUGGAGUUAUAUCACCUUAGAAGUGACCUUUCUUGAACAAAUAGUGUAAUUGAUCCCUAUCCAAUAAUAUUUUUUCAGAUAUUUUGAGCCAUCUAUUCAGUUUGUGGAAAAAGUAGUUACUCAAUUUAUACCAGCCAUCUCUAUUAAAAAAGAUUGAUCUUUUUAUCACCUAUGUAAAAGAGGCAGUUAAAAUUAAGUAUCUAAUUAGUGAAUACAGUUGCCUUUAUCAUACAAAAUGUGUGGCAAUAAAGGGAAUUAAACUAUGAAAUGAGAACUACUUUUUCAUUGGUAAUGCUUUAUAUUUAAUUAUUCCAAAUUUGUGUACAUAGAAACUUGAGGGUUUGAUAUCCUCUUACCUUAUAGAUUAAUAGGGUAAAUCCACAGUUAUCCCAGUGUGAAAAGAGGAACCAGGCCCAGAUUUAUUACAACUCAUCUCUAGUACAUAAGUGACUACCGUUAUCUACUAUUACUUAUAUUUUUACAAUAUACAGAUAUUAUCCAGUACCACUACCAUGGACACACAUCAGGAAAUAGUUCUGUUUUUGUCCUGAAACCCUUAGUGCAUCAAUAGUCCUUACUCACAUAAAUUGAAUGUUAGUCUGAAUUGCAUAGAUCCUGAUUUUCUGUUUGAGAGUUUUCUUUUAAAUACUAAUGUACUUGAACAUUCAUAUACACUCAAAACACUGAUGUGUGACUACAAUUUUAAUAUCACAUUAAAAAACAUUUUCUGGUAUAAUAUGUAUAUGUUUGUCUCUAUACUAAACAAGAUCUUAUCUGCUCUAUGUAAAAUAAGUAUACCAUUAAUUUCAUUUAUUUAAAAUGACUUAAAUAUAGAUUACUCAAGAUAGGCUAUCUGAAUGAUCUAUUAUCUUGAAGUGAAGAUAGAUAACCUGGUUAGAUUUACUCUAGUUGCUACUUUUUACUGUUGUUGUUGACUUUGAUUUCUUUUCUGUCUCUUUCCAGGGAUAGCUCUGUAAUUUAGGAAAUGGUCUGGAAAAUCAAGCUCGCUGUAGAAGGAUCCCUGCAAACAAUAUCUUGCAUUCCUUGUUUAGUGACAAGUUUUCUUUGUCUGACUGACACGUUGUCACUUCAGAUCUUUCAUCUCAAACUGCCCUGACAACCCUGAAGGCUCAAUAGACUCAGGGGAACCAAACUGGCUUUUCUUCUCAGGGGUUUCACUGCUAGGGUUACUUCCUGUGGACAGUUUUAAAGCUCUUGGGAAACCCUCUGGCAUCCUUGGAGUUUAUCGAGCUAUGUCUUGUUGGCAGAGUUGAACAGUUAAUUACAUACGUGUGAAUUUAUUAAAAUAUUGCUGUUCUUGUCUAUACUCUCUUGGGAUAUAAAUAGACAGAAAAGGUUAAUUAGUUAGGCAAGAAAUGUGAGCCAGGUCUCAAAUCAAGCAUUUGAUCCAUGAAACAGUAACCUGAGUAGUGGUGAUUGUCACCUUUUGAAUCCUUUAUAAAGCAGGCUGGCAAACCAGAGCCAGUACUUCUGUAUUGCCUGGUAUCUUGUCAGCUACCUUUCCUUCACCUGCUUGAGAAAACCAAAAAAGGUGAGCAGCCAGCUAGAGAUCAGACAGCAGAAUCUCCUCUGCAGAGUUGAUCCAACCGUUCAACAUGAGUAUGACUGACUUUCUAAGCCCUUCUGAUAUUGCUGCUGCCCUGCGGGACUGCCAAGCUCCAGAUUCCUUCAGUCACAAAAAAUUCUUUCAGAUAAGCGGGAUGUCCAAAAAGAGUAGCAGCCAGCUCAAGGAAAUCUUCCGGGUCCUAGAUAAUGAUCAAAGCGGCUUUAUUGAGGAAGAUGAGCUCAAGUAUUUCCUCCAGAGGUUUGAGUCUGGAGCCAGAGUGUUAACUGCCUCAGAAACCAAGACUUUUCUGGCAGCUGCAGAUCACGAUGGGGAUGGCAAAAUUGGGACUGAAGAAUUCCAGGAAAUGGUGCUGUCCUAAGGGCAACAGAGAAAGGCAGAGGAGACGAAUCUACUAGAGAUACUAAAAAAACCUUUCAAUUCAGGGAGUCCCUUGUUUAUUUAUUCAUCUUUAUAGUGUCUGUUGUUUGUUUAUUGUUUAUCAAAGCACCAAUUAAUAAUGUUUUUUGAUAGUGUGAAUCAUUUUACCAUGUUCUAACAAUAUAUUUCAGCAGACACUGCCCUUAAAAACAUCCAAUAAAAAUAAAUUUAUCAUCA